AUGACACGAUUUCCUUCAAUACGACGAAAUAGCGGAGGCCUCUUUUCGCAGACGGAUACGAGAGAACUGGAGCUCUCCGUGUUCGACAAGCCUAGCCCAAUGGACGAAGACGACUGCUUGUACCAGCUUCAUGACUUUUGUCACGACAAUCACAUUCAUGUUUCGUGGGACAUGCAGUUUCGUUUCGCGUGCUUCUAUGACUUUGAUUAUGAGAAAACCAAGGAUAGCAUCGUGAAGAAGCAUCGCUGUCGAUACUUGUACCUCCGAAUGGAAGCUGCACUCGUCGACCAGUUCAUGACCCAGGCCUUGUUUCCUUUGCCCGGACUCAAGACAAAGCACACCAAUUCAGAAGUGAUAUAUUUUUGCCCAGCAAAAUACCAACCCAGCCAAAAAGGCGGUGAUCUCUUGGUGGACAAUUUGUGCUACAUCCUGAACCAAGGUUGCCGUACGGAACGAGGAUGCCGGAAUGGUAUGGCAUUCUUGGCCAACAUGCAUGGCUUUUCCGCCCGAAAUAUACACCAUGGUACCAUCGUGAAAAUGGUCCAGAUGCUGCAGGGAGAUAUGGUCCCCACGAAGAUUGAGUUUGUCAUCAUUGUAGAUCCACCAGCCAUCUUUACCCGAGCAUGGAAAGCAGCCAAAAAGGCUAUCAACGGCACACUAUUUAAAAAAGUUUACUUCAUCCGCCAAGAAAGACUCGGCGAGUUUCUCAUGGAUGGAUACAAGGAAUUUUUGCCCGACGAGUUCUCCUCUGGCUGGCGGGAUGUCAACGAGAUUGUUGAGGACUACGUGGACCUGAUGCGAUACCAAGAUGAGCACAAUCGUUGA